ACAAGCUACAAGGCGAGAGCCUGAUGGCGAAGCUCGAAGGCGUCAACAAGGAUGUCGCCGAGGCGAUGGAGAAGUGGCACGAUGAGCGUAUCCGGCUGUACGACGCCUUCACCGUAGCCGGCCUCUGCGUUGAGGUCAUCGAACCCGGCCGCACCCUCUGCUCAUUCACAGUCCCUCCUCGACUCACGAACGCCAACAAGCGCAUGUAUGGAGGCGCGGUGGCGUCACUCGUGGACCUGGUUGGGUCUGCGGUGUUCUUCGCCGGGGGCUCCCCAACGACGGGGGUCUCACUGGAUAUCACCAUCUCUUACCUCGACGCCGCCUGUGCAAACGAGGAGAUCGAGAUCGAGGCUCGGGUCCUCGGCAUCGGCGACAAGACGGGGUGCGUGACCGUUGAGGUGAGGAGGAAGGGCACUGGCCAGGUGCUCGCGCACGGCCGGCACACCAAGUAUCUCGCCGCCGUCUCUAGUAAACUGUGAAGGCCUGCCAUGUAAGGGACAGAGUAUAUACGGAUAAACCUGUUGUCUUUGCUAGCCAGCUUCUGGACGAUGUUUUGGUGAUGCAAUAUAGUAUGCAUAUUUGUGCUAACAAAUAAUAAGCGCACGCUCACUACAGGUACAAUAAGGCAUUAUGGCCUCCACAAUGAGACUGUGUGUGUGAAAUGUUAUAAAACUAGCAGGGUGAUCGCCGCAAAUGCGCCGCAAGAUUUACUAUGUAUGAUCAUUUUCUUGAAAAGGUGGAUGAUCCCCUUCCUCUUCAUCGAGUCAUGCAUACUGUCAUUUUAUUA